CGUGGAGUCAGCUGGACCCUGGAGGAGGUGGAACCGCUGCCUUAUCAACACUUUUAGUGGGAGGGAAGACCCGAGAGCAGGCGGUCCGACAGAGAAAAGUCUCCACUAGCUCCGGAAAGUCAGCCAGUGCAGGUUCACUUCAGCGGAAGCUCAGCUCCGGGCCGUGCAGCAGGUGCCAGCGGCGGCAUACACACUCAGCUCAGCUCGGACAAGAAGAACCAAGUUCUGAGAUUAAAAAAACAAAAAAACAAACUAACACAACCAUGUCGAAUCUCAGACCUAGGCGAUGUGUGCUGGAAAAGUGCCCCGAUGGGUACGGCUUCCACCUUCACGGAGAGAAGGGGAAGACGGGCCAGUUCAUCCGCCUGGUGGAGCCCAACACCCCCGCCGAGGCCGCCGGACUCCGGGCGGGGGACCGGCUGGCCUUCGUCAACGGGGAGAGCGUGGAGGGGGAGAGCCAUGCCCAGGUGGUGGCCCGGAUCAGAGCGAGCCCGGUGCAUCUGGAGCUCAUCGUGGUGGACCAGGAGACGCUAGAGCUGCUCAAGAGGCACAACCUGCAGUGCCAGAAGGAGUACGUGACCGAGGGGAUCCCCAUACCGGGCAGCAGCAGCGGCGGCGGGGACAGCGACGCGGAGGGGCCCGAGACGCGCAGCAGCGCCAACGGGAGCCGCAGGGGGUCCAGCCCGGAGCCGCUGCAGGAGAACGGGGGGAGUGUGUCACAGAGGUCCAGUGUGUCCAAGGAGGAGAAGAGUGGGCCGAGGCCUCGCUUGUGCCACCUGAAAAAGGGACCAGGUGGAUACGGCUUCAACCUCCACAGUGACAAGUCCAGACCAGGCCAGUUCAUCCGCGCUGUGGACGACGACUCUGCUGCUCAGAGGGCCGGGCUCAAACCCAAUGACAAGAUCAUACAGGUGAACGGCUUGUCUAUGGUGGGGAAGCAGCACUCUGACGUGGUGGCGGCCAUCAAGGCGUCUGGAGACGAUGUUCGCCUGCUGGUCGUGGACUUAGAGGCGGAUCGCUACUUCAGCCAAUGCAAUGUUCUGCCUUCCGAGGAGCACCUCACCGGACCUCUCCCAGAGCCCAGAGCGGAGCAGCCAUCAGACGAGGAGCAGCGGGGAGUAGCAGAGGAGCGUAAAGCUAAGACUUCCGUGAGCUCGGAGUCCAGUGCCUCCUCACACUCAUCCCAGCCCAGCCCCGGCGCCAUGACAACGCAGGAGGAGCCAGCGAGUGACAGCCUGGGCUUGGGUCUGUCUGUAGCACAGGCCCGGGAGAGAGCGCACCAGAAACGAAUGGCCAAGAAUGCCCCACGCAUGGACUGGAACAAGAGGAAAGAGGUCUUCAGCAACUUAUAAUCGCCGCACCCCAGUGACUACCCGAACCUCCGUGAGCAUCCGGACCUCCAGGAUUCCCCAUCAUCCCUUGGAACCUGCGUGAACACCCAGACCUCCAGACUCCUCAGUCAACACCCCAAACCUUUGAGUGUUCUCACCCGAACCUCCGUAAGCACCUGGACCUCCAGAGUCCCCCAUCAUCACCCAAACCUCCGUGAGCACCUGGACCUCCAGAGUCCCCCAUCAUCACCCAAACCUCCGUGAGCACCUGGACCUCCAGUGUCCCCCAUCAUCACCCAAACCUCCAGAGUCCCCCAUCAUCACCCAAACCUCCAUGAGCACCUGGACCUCCAGAGUCCCCCAUCAUCACCCAAACCUCCAGAGUCCCCCAUCAUCACCCAAACCUCCAUGAGCACCUGGACCUCCAGAGUCCCCUGUUACCAACCAUACUUCCGUGAGUCGUCGGACCUCCAGAAUCCCCUGUUACCACACGAACCUCUAUGAGUGCCCAGACCUCCAGGCUCCCCCAUUAUGGCCCAAACCUCCGUGAGCACCCGGACUUUCAGGCUCAGGACCGCCAGGCUCCCCCCGUCCUCACCCAAGCCUCCUGCAUCCCCCAUUACCAUCUGUACCUACACCACACGACUUUCAAGGUCGCCAGUCAUCACCUGAACCUCCAUGAACGCCCAGACCUCCAGGCUCCAACAGUUUUUCAGUGAAACAGUGUUAAAUAUAUGAUUUAUCAGCUUAAUUUUAGGUUUUACAACUUUGUAAUUUUUAUUGUCAAAUAUUUUACACACAAUGAAUAUUUAUGAAUUCUGAAAAAGUAAUGUACAGUUUAUUAUGAGAAGGACCGAGCAGUGAUUUCCGUGAUCGUGUCUGACAAUGUGACGUGACCAAUCAGAAUGCGUGUUUGUAAUGAAUGCACUUUGUACUGCCAUUGUCACAUUAUAUCCGUUUUUGAAUACAAUGACAUAGAACUGUUAGAUUUGUACAUACCUGAAUUUAUGAUUAAAAGAUCAUUUAAUACUU